CGAAAAUAACAGAAAAUGGGGAUUAUUGAGAAAAACGUGAAUUUUUCGGUGAGCGUGUCUCUUACGGCGCUUAAGCUGUUCGGGUUCUGGGCACCGGAGGGCCUCACCAGAAAACAGAAGAUCUUGUAUAACUGCUACGGCUUUCUCUCUUUUAUGUUUUUGUUAGGGACAUACCUGAUCAUCCAGGUGGUGGACUUGUUCCUGAUCUGGGGCGACGUGGCGCUGAUGACGGGCACGGCCUUCGUGCUGUUCACCAACCUGGCGCAGACCACCAAGAUCGUUGCUGUGGUGGCGCGCGCGGGGACUCUGCGGCCUCUAGUGAGCAGCGCGGAUCAAUUGUUGGCGGCAGAGACAGGACCGGGCAAGGAGAUCGUUGACAGUUGCGUGAGAGAGACGCGGCAACAGCAACUGCUCUACUUGUGCUUGACGACGGUGACGGUGGCGGGGUGGGCCAGCAGCGCCGAGAACAACCAGCUGCCGUUGCGCGCCUGGUACCCGUACGACACGUCGGUGUCGCCGGCGUACGAGCUGACGUACAUGCACCAGGUGGGCGCGCUGUUCGCCGCCGCCUACCUCAACGUAGGCAAGGACACGCUCGUGGCCUCCCUCAUCGCGCAGGCGCGCUGCCGGCUGCGCCUCGCCGCGCUGCGCCUGGCCAGCCUCACGGACGACCUCACGCCCACCGCGCAGGGCACUCUGACUGUGGAGCAAGAAGCAGAGGCGUGGUCGCGGCUGGAGGUCGCAGCGCGACGGCACCAGGAGGCGCUCCUCGCGGCGGCGCAGCUGCAGGCCUGCUUCUCCGCACCCGUGUUCGCGCAGUUCGGCGUGUCCAUGCUCAUCAUCUGCGUGACGGCCUUCCAGCUCACCGCGCAAACUGGGAACUUGGUCCGUCUGGCGUCAAUGGGCACGUAUCUGUUGAACAUGAUGUUCCAAGUCUUCAUAUACUGUUAUCAAGGCAAUCAGCUUUCAGAAGAGAGCAUGGACAUUGCGACUGCGGCGUACUCGUGCGGGUGGAGCUCGUGCGGAGUGCGGCUGCGGCGCGGCUUGCUGCUGGUGAUGGUGCGCGCGCGCAAGGCGGCCCGGCUGUCCGCCGGCGGGUUCGCGACCUUGUCUCUUGCGUCUUUUAUGGCAAUAGUGAAGACUUCGUACUCGUUGUUCACUGUGCUGCAGCAGGCAGAUGAGCAAAAAUAAACAAAGAAUGUA